GAUCCGAAAUAACCGAAUCCGAACUAAAAAUACCCGAACCCGACCCGAAGUACAGAAAUACCCGAACGGGUUCUAGACCUCUAUACCGAAAUACCCGAAAAUCCGAAAUACCCGACCCGAAUCCGAACGGGUACCCGAACGCCCACCCCUAUUCAAUAUAGUGAAACUCUAGAGAUUAUUUUCCGUAUAUAAUAAUGUUAGUAAAGCUAAUAACAGGGCUUUAUUGAAUGAUUUUCCGUUUGUAAAAAAUGGCCCAACUAAAAGAAAAAAUCUUAAACUCAUCUAAAUACUAAUCUAUUUUUAGACAAUUAGUUAAAUGAUUACAAAAAUUAAAAAAUAUUCAUUUUGACAUUAAGUCCAUAACUGUUAAAAUGUAAACAAUAUUUCGUAUAAUAAUGUGCAUAUAAGUUUUUUUUUUUGUAAAAAAUCCCAAUACUAAUAUUUGACAAUAUUAGUUCUAAUAAAAAAUUACUGUCAUAAAUAAAAAAUUACUCUAUUACCACAUAAUUUAUUUAACAAUAAAGAUCACAAAAACAAACAAAAUCAACUAUUAAUUUUAUAUAUAAGAAGAAAGAAAACUAUUACUUAUAUAUACAAACUAAUCACAACAAUAUAUAAUUAUCAUAUAAAUUGAAACUAAAGAAAAUGAUACAAUAAAAUAACAACCAAAAUCUAGUCUAUACUACUAAAACAAGAGAUUUUUUUUUAAGAUCCCCUUGAUUUGCUAAGUAGUUACAACAGUACCAUUACUAUUUAAUUUUAAAUAACAAAUUAUGGAAAUUAUAUAUAACUAUUUUGAAUAUGACAAUCAUUAGUCACGUACAUCCCUUGAAUAUGGGCAAAUAAAGUUUGAUAUUUUGGACAAAUGAUUUUGAACCAAUUUACAAAGGAUAAAAAUAUAUUUAAUAAAGUACGAAAAAUCCUUUUAAAACACAAUAGUACAAAAAGUAACAUUAUAAAGUAUUUGAAGGCUUUAAAUAAUAAUUAUUAUGUUUGAGUAAGAUAGAUAUUAAAGCACGUAUAAAAAAACUAAUGAGACAUUAAUCUUGAACAUAUUAUCCAAAACCCAAAAAAAAAACUGAAACUAAAUUUGUAAGAAUCUGAAUGGUUCUUAUUUCUCUAAAUUCAAAAAUCGAAACCAAACCAAAACUGAAUUGAAAAGCAAAAAGGUAUAUAAAUAUUUGAAAUAAAAUAAAAAUUAAUAAUUAGAAUAUAUAGAUAAAAUAUAAUUUAUAAAUUAAAAUACCCAAAACCCUCUAGUUGCCUAAUUUCUUUUUUGAUUUACGGGUUUAACUCGGGUUUUCGUGGUUUUUUCAAGAUUGUUGGCUUUAAACAUGAAUCAAACUCAAAUUAUUUCUAAUUCGGUUCAACUUCGGGUUUUACAAAAUAUAUAAACACAACCCAAAUCCGACAUUGCCCAAACUGAUAUGAUCAGAAAAAUGUCUGGUUACUACCGGUCAUGCACUCCAAUCCGGAUAACCUAAAAAUAGAAUAACCUAAAAAGACCAGAGCAAAAACCCAAAUUUUAGCAACGUCAAAAUAAAUUACUUUGAAUUAUAGACGUCAAAACUCAAAUGUUCAAUUCGAACAAAAAAUUGUAAUAAUUUCUAAACUGAAAACAAAAUUAACGGGUCAAAAUCUAGUUUUUAGUUAAAGCAUCAAAAUUCAACAUAAAAUUUGACUGGUCAUCAACAACCAUUUGCUUUCUUAGACAACUAAUUCUAAAAACAAAAGACAUGUAAGAAAAUUUUAAUUGAAUUUAUUUUAGGGAAAUUCUCUCAAAUAGCAUUUUUAAGUUUUUUUCUCAAAAAUAGUCCUAAAAAAAUGACCAAAAUAGUCCUUUUUAUUUUGAAAAUUUUAAUUUUAAUUUUUUAUUUUUUUAAAUUUGAAACCCUAUCCCCAAAAUCUCACCCAUUAAUUCUAAGUUUAGAUUAGUUAAUCCUAGGAUAAAAAUAUAUUUUUAAUACAUUUUUACCUUUUAAUAAAACUUAUUUUGGUCAUUUUCUUCAUUGGAAACUAUUUUUGUGAUAAAAAACUAAAGAAUAGCUAUACUAAAUUCUCUUGACUUUAUGCUUGAAAAUAAUUAAAAUGAGAUAUGGGCUCCAUCAAUAGCCCGAUUAGUCUGACAAUUGACAUGGCCCAUUUUAUGGGCAUACCUGACAAAUGUAUAAGGGUUUCGUGUAGCCCACGCGAUAAUUUUUUGGUACGUGCAGAAACCAAGGUCCCCAUAAAUAACGAAAUUUCACGCAGACCUUAACUGCAGUUGUUUUUUCCUUUGGGAUUUGCAGGUAGAAAAUAAAAGAGAAGAUAUCGAUGAAAGUUGUUGCGGCCUACCUCCUCGUGAAACUCGGCGGCAAUGAGAGUCCAUCCGCUGGUGAUCUGAAGAAGAUCUUGGAAUCUGUUGGUGCAGAGAUCGAUCAAGUGAAGAUAGAUUUGUUUUUCACUCUGAUUAAAGAUCACGAUGUGAGUGGACGAGAGAAGAUGGCUGCUCUAUCCUCCGGUGGUCCUACGGUUGCGGUUGCUGCCGGUGGAGGCGGUGCCGCUGCUCCUGCUGCUGAGCCUGCGGCGGCUGAGAAGAAGAAGGAAGAGGAGAAAGAGGAAUCAGAAGACGAUGGUGGAAUGAUGAGUCUCUUUGAUUAAUCUUUAUGGUUUCUGAUGAAAAUUGAACAACGAAACAGUUUCCAUCGGGCUGAAGAACGGAACCAUAGCUCAUGGAACCACCACUUCUAUUCGGUGUUUAGGGUUUAUUCCUUUAAAUCUACGACUCUUCAUGUACCUUGGAACCUGUCUUAGCUUCUCAGUUGAGUAUUAACAAAUUCUUAGUUGUAAUCUUGAUUUAUUUUAUCUUUGUCCUAGGAAUGAUUUGUGCCUGAGUGAAUACUGGUUUAACAGUUAAGCUUGUUUCUGUUUAUGAGUUUAGUUUCAGCACUGGAGGAGGUUUGUUCUGUUAUUGUGCCUGAGUGAAUACUGGUUUAACAAUUAAGUCUUGAUUUUUUGACUGAGAAAAAAAAAUGCAUUGUUGAUUGUUGGUUGAAAGAACUGAUUCAACUGCUCUACUCCGCUGUAUAACGCUAGAUUUUGCAUGGGAAACCGUGGUUUAUAAAAAAUAUUUUUUUUCUUCUUCUUUUUUGAAGUCUGGUCCACCCAAUGUACCAGAAGAAACAUGAUCAAUAUUAAUGCCCCCAUUGUAAUGAGAUUAGCACUUAAAAGGUCCACCUUCUUCUUUUUCAUUAUAAAGAUGAUUUCUGAACUUUUUUUUUGAAAAAAGGCUUUCAUAUUUAAAUUGCAAUGCUGAAAACAAAGUUACAAGGCUAUGAGUUUUGACAUCAUAGAGAUCAAAGUAAAGCUUGGGAAAGAAAAAUGAUUGACAAAAUCAUAUGGAGCUAGAGAAUUAAAGCAAAACACUCUGAGCAUUUGAAGAAAUUGAGAGAGGGAUUAGCUCACUAAAUAACUUUAGUUUUGGUCUCCGUGACGACCUCUGCCUCGGCAGCCCCGGCUUUUGCGACCUCUUACCGUGUGCCAUUGCAUAUCUUGGACCUUCUGAGAUGGUUUCAACUCUCUUCCAUGUCGUGAUCGUUGAGCCAUUUCAUAUUCAUUAAAAUAACCUGUACAAUCACCUGUGAAAGGAGUAAAAGACAAACCUCCAGAAGUAGAUGGUGGAAUAUCAUUUGAAACUUUGGGUGGGGGCGUUAAUAAAACACUCCCAGUGACUGGAAAAUCUCCCAGAGUAGCUGCAUGGUUUGUAUUAAGCGGAGCAUUUUCAGACAAGGCUGAAUUGCUAGAAGGAGUGUCUGUUACUGUUGCUUUAAACAUGGUGGCUGGAGUAGAUGGUUCUGACUCAGUAGUUGUUGGGAGGAUCUCAACAAAGGAUGAAGGUGUAGAGGCUAGUACUUGGCCAUCAGAUACUGAUGUAGAGUUCAAAGUAGCAACUGAUGAAAUAGGCAAUGCUUCCAUGGCUUGAAUGACUGUGGUCGAGACUGAAGUGGGUGGAGCAUGGAUUGAACCAAUAUUCACAGUAGGUGAAGGAGCCAUAAAAGUAGGGAUAUUUUCUGUGUCUGAUGGAACGGCAACAACAGGAGUUCCUGUGACUGACGCAACGGCAACAACUGGAGUAGAAACUGUCGGUAUAGUGGCUGAAUCAAUAUUUGCCACAGUAGCAGAAACAGAGAUACUCGUACCAUCUGGAAUAACUUCAGGGACAAAAACAGAAGGGUAAACACUUGCAGCAGGAAGCGAAGCUCCCAUUUGAUCAGUAGACGAAUGAGUCGAGUUCCUAGGCUGAGCAGAUUUUUGCAGACAUCGUGAGUCUUUAUGGCCUAAGUGUCCACAUUUACCACAUGUUGUUGGGAUCCAUGAAUACUCUACAUCGACCAAUUGUAUAGUACCUCUUUUGUCAUUCAAAGCGAUUUUCUGCGGGAAUUGUUUGUCCAAUUCGACUUCCACCAAGAUUUUGGCCUCACCCAUGAGUGUAGGAUCAAGUCUAGGCUUGUUUGUCAGCAUUGGAGCUCCCAGGGCAGAAGCAAUUCGGCUUAUUCCUGGAAUAGAGUAUAACCUGCUGGGGAUAUUUUUUAGAGUUACCCAAACUGGAAUUGUGGAACAGUUACCGUUUAUGUCUGUGGUGCCUGCAUCUCUUUUUUGUCUCAUCUUACUGAACGUGUUAUCUUCUAUAAUAUACAAUUGGUCUCUGCGGUUAUUGUUUUUCAUCUUGUUUAUGAUGGAAUCAUCAAGCACCACUAACCUUAUUAUGUACUUGCAAUGAUUUAAUGCAGGUGUCGAUGUUAGUAUGAACAGUGUCGAUGUUAGUAUGAACAGUCACUUAAAAGCUGUGAAACUUACUUUUAAAGGGAAGAAUCCAGUCACAUUAAAGUGUCAGGGGGAAACAACAUUCGCUAUUAUAUUCUUCCAGACUCUUUGAAUCUUGAGACUUUGCUGGUCGAAGACAAACCAAGAAUCAAACCCACUGCAGGUUACAUAAUUAAGCAUUUCACUCUCUACUUCCCAUUCAUUCUUGACCAUUCCUUUUGGUUUAUUGCCUGCCUGUUCUCACAUUUUAUCUUUUUUUUGGUCAUCGGUAUCAGGAAAGAUUCCUCCAGGCGGUCGGGACGUGGGCCAUGGUGGUCGUUAAGCACACACACUAUUGGAAGGUGAUCCCAAGCUUGGUCCUUUUCUGUUACAGAGCAGGAUUGUAAAAUACCUUUCUUGUAGUGGGAUUUGGUGUUAUGAAGACAAAUUCGUUGAUAUGUUAUUGCCAAACUUCUUGAACUUGGAAAACAAUCAUUGUCGUUUGUCAUUGAGUUCAUUGCCUUAUUAAAUAAAUAAUCUGAUAGAUAAAGGCAGCCAAUUAAAUUAAGACAGAGCCUUUCAUUACAGUCACAGCUUUGUUAGGACCCUCUGUUUUUCCUUAUCGUAAUAAACUUCAGUGCUCCGCUCCUACGCGAAGCCUAGAAAGCAUUUACUGAUUCGUUAAACUGUGCGCUACUUUUUAGCUUUCAAAAUCAUAUUUGUUCGUCUUGAGGCUCCAGUAAUGUGGUAAUGAACAAUGUGCACUUCCACAUGCAGAGUCCUGAAUAAUAAUAACUAGAUUAUGACCCGCCCGACCGGGCGGGUGUUUAUUUUUUGUUUCAAAAUUGUUUUGUUUAUAUUCAUGAUUUAUUUGUAAUAGAUAGUCUGUACAUUGAGUAGUAACUGUAUCCGUGUUAGUAAUCAAAUUUUAUCAACGAUAUUUAUGAUCAAAUAGAGAUAGUGAAAAAUAAAAAUGAAGAUAAUGAUGCAUUAACAUAAGAAAUAUAAAAAACAAUUUUGCCAAUUUAAAAUAUAAUGAAAUAAAUAAUUAUGAGUUAGUAUGAUAUAUAAAAAACAAUUUGCCAAUUUAAAAUAUAACAAUUUUGUUAUGUUAAAUAUUCUUGUUACCAAUAAUCGAUAACUUUUAAUUAUUUAAUGUUAAAAAUAAAUGUUGAUUGAUGCGCAAGGUUAGGGGAGGAAUGAUUCUGGUAACUAAUUAUAUGCAAUAUAUUUCGAUGUUAACAUGAAUAUAGUAUUGAUAUCUUUUUGGUUAAAUCAGAAUCGCUUUCCAUUUUUUUUCGAUUUAAUAUAUUUUUUCCGCAAUUGAAGUUAUUAAGUUUCUGAAAUUGAUUUUCUAUGUAUUAUAAUGAUUAAAUAGUUUAAGAUUUUGAAUAUAUGGGGAUCAAAUAUUGUUGGUAAGUAGGAUCCUGUGAACACUCGGAUUUAAUCAAUUCUGUUUUCAAAUUUUGAACAUGUUGUAGAGACUUCCGCAUGUAAAGCAAGGAAGAACUGAUUU